CAUUUGGCCAAUUUGUCAGUGAUUGCAAAAAUCUCAUUCCCACCUCAGAUGAUAUUAAAUUUGUUAUAACUUUAAGUAAAAGAAUGUCUUCCUUUUAUGAUAAUGAAAAUUUACGUGCGGAGGAUUUUAGAACUUUAAUUACAAAAUACUGUGACCUAACCUUCGUGGCUUGUAAAAUAGGCAGCAAAGGUUAUGUGACAGAUGGUUCUUUAGUUACAGGCGACCACUACUAUGCGAAUAUUGAGGCAAAAGUGGAAUUUGGCUCUGGUGGAGAAGGGUUCUUUCAAUCUUCAAUGUAUUACAUAAACAUGGUCCUUGAUAAUGCUAAAAAAUACACAGGUCCUAUGUUUUGUUUUGCUGGUUCAGCAAUCCCAAAGGAAGUUCAUAUGGACCAAUUGACAUUACCUAUACCACUUUCUUACAAUCCAUAUGAAAAAGAUAUCGAAUUGGCUGCUGCAAGGACAUUUGGUGCUUUUAAAAAAGCAGUACAUUGUUUAAAGUCUUACUAUGAGAAUGAGUUGCAAUAUAGUAUAAACCAAAUCAUUCGUAAUCCUAAGUACCCAUACAAAUUCUAUUAUGGAAAUAAUGACACUAGAGUUGAAUUUAAUUACAAGUCUCAACUUGAGAGAAAACUAGUCUUUUUAGCUACAACUACAACAAAUAGAGAUAUACACAAAAAUACAUACUGCAGUUAUGUAUUCAAAAAUUCUAAUUUUCCUCCACUUGAAGAAAUCAAAAGUAAAACUUAUGAAAUUGUUAGUUAUUUACAUGAAAACAAAAUUGUACAUGGUGAUUUAAGAAGAGGUAACUUGUUAGUCAGGAUAGAUGGAAAAAAUGAUGCAUCCAUAUUAUUAGCAAAUUUUGAUAGUGCAGGCGAGGAAGGAAGCAUAAAAUAUCCAUUUGAUAUUAAUAUUAAAACUAUCCAAAGACCACCAAAUGUUAAGGGGGCAUUCUUGCAAAAUGUGGAUGGUGGAGGCAUUUCUUCCACUUGUUUACAAAUUCAUUCAGCAUCUCUAUAG